AUGCCCGUAGAGGAGGACUACGAUGCGCGCGCCCUAGCCUUGCCCUUGGACGACGAUGAGUCCCCCGAGCGAGCCUCCAGCCCCAUCUGGAGCCGUCGUUCACAUUCGAAUUCAUUCCGCCAGAACAGACCGCGCUCCCCUGGCCAUGCGCGGCCUCGAGGGAGAAUACGCCAGCUGGUGGACAUGUACAACAAGCUCAACCGGCAGGUUAUGAGUAGAUACGAGAAGCUCUCGCUAUUCAAGAAAGUUUUGUUCUCAGUAGGAGGGCUGACUAUGUUUGUGCUGUCGAUAUUGUUCCUUGUAUACAAUGAAAAGAUAUUCCACGCCUUCUUGCCCGCUGCGAAGAAGUGGAGGGACAUCACAGCUGGCUGGCUGAUACUCUGGGCGUUGAUAUUCGUUGUAUCGUUCCCGCCAUUGAUCGGAUAUUCAAGUCUUUUGACUAUCGCUGGAUUUGUUUAUGGCUUUCCCAACGGCUGGUUCGUCGCCGCAACCGCCACGGUCGCCGGCUCAACAGCCUCCUUCAUCGCCUCGCGUUCGCUCCUGAAGAACAUGGUCCACCGCCUCGUCGCGCACGAUAAGCGCUUUGCCGCCCUCGCCCUCACCCUAAAAUAUGAUGGCCUCAAGCUCCUCAUCAUGAUCCGGCUAUGCCCGCUCCCCUACUCCAUUUGCAACGGCGCCAUCGCCACAUUUCCGACCGUCUCCGCCCUUUCCUAUGCCCUCGCUACCGCAAUUGUCACCCCAAAACUCAUGCUACACAUCUUCAUUGGCUCACAGCUCGCUGUCAUCGCUGAGAACGGCGGGAAGAUGGACGCUAAGUCGAAAGCGUUGUCGUAUGUGAGCAUAGCGAUUGGUGGUGUUGCGGGAGUGGUGACGGGGUGGUUCAUGUACAAGAAGACUAAGGAGAGGGCUGCGCAGUUGGAGGCUGAAGAGCGGGCUGGCAUUCGGCGGAUGUCUAUUGAAGAUUUAGAGAACGAUCUGAGGACAGGCUGGGGCGAUGAGUAUCAUGACGAUAUGACGGAUGCGGAGGACGAUGCGUUGGAGAUCCCCGAUGAUCCUUUUGGCGCUGGGGACGCUGAGAGGGAUGAGGAUGGAACAAAGAAGUAG